AUGGUCCCACCCUUGAAACCCGAUAACCCAUCUCGGGAACCUCGAUCGCCGCUGCCAACAAUUCCUGCAAAUCCAAACCUCGUAGAGUGCCCGGAUUGUCUUCGCCCGUUUUCUAGAAGUUAUCUACAGGAGCAUAUGGAAACAAGACACCUCGGCUUCAAGUGCCACUUCCCCGGCUCUACACUUGUCCUUGUUGAGGAUGACAUCCAGGCAAUGACAGAGGAGCUCAUUUACCACAACCUCUUGCAAGGCGGCGGAUUCAGGAACGGCGAGUUUUACCUGAAAAGGCACCUUCGAAUGAAUCAAGGAAAAGCUUACCAAGCCUCCCUCCAGUCCGAAGAGCCCCCUCCUCCUCCACCCUUUCCCCCAACUUUGCCCCCUCUAAAGACUGUGCUUUCUGCAGCAGAAAAAUCCGCACCUGAACCCAGUUCUCUUCCUGCCCUCAAGAUCAAACUUCCCCCUCUUGAAUUACCCAAAGCCACCAUGAUGAAAAUAAAUGAGGUCUUUGGCGAGUUCGUCACCAUCCGAGGCCUGCGCGACACGAACUUCGAGCAGCUGCACAAGCUGAUCGCGGCACAGGGCCCUGGACUCCACGGCGAGCUCCACGGCGCGAAGGAGCUGUGCCAGGAGAUCGAGAAGGGCACUGACUCGUUGAACUUCGCGGUGCAGCGCCUGAAGCACCUAGCCGGGACGGGUCCCCAGGGCCAGUUCGCAACAUGCUGGCAGGAGUUUGUGGACGCGAGCGACAACGCGCGCCUGGGCCACCACGUGUGGACGACGGACUUCGACUGCGACUUGGUCGUUAAGAACUGGGACCAGCACACUGCUUGCAACGCCACCCUCGGCGUCGCUCUCGACAGGGUUGAGUUUCUGACAGGAGCACUGCUGCUACAGCAGAUGCAGAUCCAGCUACAGCAACAAAGAGAACUAGUGGAACGUGUGAAGAAGCAAGUGCAACUGCAGGAACCGCCCGAGAAGCAACUUCAGGAGCAAAUGAUGAAGGAACGGCGGGAGCUGCAAGAUCAGGUGGUGCAGGAAGCGCUUGAAAAGCAGCGCCAGCGGAACCGGCUGCGAAAGCUAAUCAAGCGGCCAAAGCUCAGGCUGCAGUCUCCUCUAAGGGGAAGACGUCUUUCGAAGCAGUCCACACAUCAUUUCUUCGACAAGCUCCAUGCGAAUGGCAAGGGUAAUGAUGAUGAUGAUGAUUACAGUGACGAAGACGACGAUUUACUAGUCCCGUUUGCCUGGACAGUUACUAGUCUGCAUUGA